AUGGCGGGCGUUGGCAGGAAGGAACAGCCUCAAUCUAGUCCAGACAUUACCGCUCUUGAUUUACGGACAGACAAUCAUCAUGCAACGGCUAUUGAAUCCGGUGAGGAUGUGACUACCCAGUCACGGUCAGAAUCAAGAGAAGAGACCAUAACGGCACGAGUGUCCAGAGGCAGAGGACGGAGGCCGAACUACCGGGAAGGGAGCCGCCAAAAGGCAGAAGCAGCGGUGCGGCUGCAGGUUUCGAAGGAUACACUCAAAGCACUCCCGGCUAUAUUGGAUGCCGCCAAAGACAGAAGCCUCCGACAGUCGGACAAAUUCAAGCACGAGGAUUUUUCUGCGCUUCAAACUGACCGUUCCAGCUAUCCGGACUUUCUAAACACUCAAGUCAAGGUCGUCAACAAAGACACCCUGGAUACCGCACUCGCUCUUGAUACUGCGGGUGAUAUCAUGGAAACUAAAGAUCGCGGGCCGGUCUGCGUGUUGAACUUCGCAAAUGCUUUCACGCGUGGAGGAGGAUGGCUCAAAGGCAGCAGAGCCCAAGAAGAGCAGAUUUGCUACCGGAGUAGCUUGAUCGAAAGUCUCCACGCUCGGUUCUACCCAAUGCAGCCCAAAGAGUUUAUUUACUCUUCUGAGGUCAUCAUCUUCCGUGAGAACGAGGCGAAGGGGUACUCGUGGAUGUGGACGGAGAAGCCCGACAUUCUUCCGAUUGUCAGUGUCAUCAGCUUGGCAGCAAAGCAAGACCCACCACUGGACGAAACCGAAAAGAAGUACGAGAACCCGAGUCAGCGCAUCAUCAUGGAAUCCCACAUGCGCACUAUUCUCCGUGUCGCAGCGGAAAAUUUGCACCGAAGACUUGUUCUUGGAGCCCUGGGGGUACUCCGGGAGAAGGAGUUCAAGGGAUGGUUUGAGACGAUUGUAUUCGCAGUCCUGGAUUGGCCCAAAGGUGUGAAUUUCCCAACCUUCAGGGAUGCCCUGCACAACCUCCAGAUCUGA